CGUCGCCACGCGUGUCACGACGCGGGCGCGCGCGCGCGACGGCGACACUCUCUCGCUCACGCAGCGGUAUAUUAUUACGCUAUCCCCCUCGCCGCGGAGCCCCGCACUGGGCGCCCCCCGCGCACGCACACGCACACGCACACGCAAGCGACGACGCUCAUGCUGCGACGCGUGCUCGCCGGGUUCCGGGCGCUGCACCCGCGGCCGCGCCGGCGCCGCCACGGCGGCGCGGAGGGCAAGGCGAGGGUGACCGUGCGGCGGUUGGGGUCGAACGGGAGGAAGGAGGCGGCGGCGGCGGCAGCGGGAGCGCGUCGGGAUAAUCGCGGCGAUGGCGCGACGGGGGAGGCGGUGACCAUCCGCGUGGCGACGUUCAACGCCGCGAUGUUCUCCAUGGCGCCGGCCGUGGCGGCGGCGUCGUCCGCAGAGACAGCUACCGAGACCGCGCGGCGUGUCACCACCCCCGCCGCCGGCGGCGGGCGGCGACCCAAGGGCAUCCUGAAGGCGCAGGCGAGCCUGGCGCGAACGGCGAGCAAGGCGCGCGUGUCCAUCAACCUCCAGGACAACGAGAUCUCCCGGGAGAGGAGCAAGCUAGGCAGCACGGCGGCGAGGAGCACCACCACCGCCACAACCACGCCGGCGGCGACGCAGCAGCUGAACGGCGGCGCGGAAGGGCGGCGGCGGAGCGUGGAAGAGGUGCUCCGGGAGGUGGGCGCCGACAUCAUCGGGCUGCAGAACGUGCGCGCGGAGGAGGAGCGCGGGAUGAGCCCGCUGUCGGAGCUCGCCGAGGGGCUCGGCAUGCGGUACGUGUUCGCCGAGAGCUGGGCGCCGGAGUACGGCAACGCCGUGCUCUCCCGGUGGCCUAUCAAGCGCUGGAAGUCGCAGCGCGUCGCCGACCAGUCCGACUUCCGGAACGUGCUGAGGGCCACCAUUGAGGUUCCGAGAGCCGGGGAGGUCAACUUCCACUGCACACAUCUCGACCACCUUGAUGAGAGCUGGAGGAUGAAGCAGAUGAACGCCAUACUGCGCUCCAGCGAUGGCCCUCACAUCCUCACCGGAGGGCUCAAUGCGCUCGACGGCACCGACUACUCCGACGAGCGAUGGGCCGACAUCGUCAAGUACUAUGAGGAGAUCGGGAAGCCGACGCCGAAGGCGGAGGUGAUGAAGUACCUGAAGGGGAAGCAGUAUGUUGAUGCCAAGGAUUUUGCAGGAGAAUGUGAGGCUGUGGUGGUUGUUGCUAAAGGGCAAGAUGUACAAGGGACAUGCAAGUAUGGCACAAGGGUGGAUUACAUACUGGCCUCACCAAACUCUCCCUACAAGUUCGUGCCAGGAUCUUACACGGUCAUAUCCUCAAAAGGAACAUCUGAUCAUCACAUCGUUAAAGUUGAUGUAACAAUACAGGACAAGAAAGAAACUGAUGAAGAAAGCGGCAACCAGAGACAGAGAGUAGUCAAGAUAAACAAGAAGUGUUCAAAAAAGGGAUUAUGGGCAGCUAAAUGACAUUCUGAUUGAGUAAAUUUCAGGGUUUUUUUUUAAUCUUUGUUGGUGCCAAAAGGUCUUUGUGGGUUGCUUUUAAUUGUGUAUACAGCUAAUAUUUGGAAUGAGGUUGAAGGAUGUGAUGUAUGACCAAGAAGUGGAAGUAAUGUAUUUUGGCCUGGCUUCCCCUUUUUGUGGUUACUACCUUACAUCUGGUUCUACUUACAGA